AUGAAUAUCAAUGACAUCAAGGAACUUGUUGAUCAAGUUUCUGUGGAAGAUGUGGUGAAUUGCGUAGUAAAUAAGACUACACGCUACUUGGAUGACACCCCGUGGUACAAUAUCUUAAAGGACUAUGUCUUCUUGAUUGUACUAUACAAGUUUGUCAAGAAAAUCUAUUAUUAUCUGGCUGGCUAUGGUUUAUUGAAGUCCAUGCAGCUAUUAUACAAGAGUGUUGCGAAUUGGAUAUUUCAAAGAUUACUGGAAUCACCUUUGCUGAGAGGCUCUGUUAACAAAGAGGUCUCUAAGGCUGUCGCUGGUAUGGAGAAAGAACUGAUCAAGAACGAUGAUCAAUUGGCUGAUUUUGAAGUUUUACCUAAAGAGGGUUUAUCCAGUGAAUCUAUCAACAGUGAAUUGGAUAAGUUGAAUUCUAUACUACCUCAUACGUCCUGGGAGCAAGGCAGAGUAUCAGGUGCUGUCUACCAUGGUGGGAAAGAGCUCAUCAAGUUACAAAGCGAAGCUUUUGAGAAGUAUUGUGUUGCUAAUCAGUUACACCCCGAUGUUUUUCCUGCAGUAAGAAAAAUGGAAGCUGAAGUGGUGUCCAUGACUUUGAAAAUGUUCAAUGCACCUGAGACAGGUUGUGGUACUACUACAUCAGGUGGUACCGAAUCGCUUCUAUUGGCAUGUCUGAGUGCCAAAGUUUACGGCCUGAAGCACCGUGGUAUCACCGAACCUGAGAUGAUUGUCCCCGUAACAGCGCAUGCUGGGUUUGACAAAGCUGCCUAUUACUUUGGUAUCAAGAUACACCACGUUGAUCUUGAUCCAGUUACGUACAAAGUUGACUUGAAGAAAGUCAAGCGGUUAAUAAAUGGGAACACAGUCUUGCUCGCUGGUUCUGCUCCUAACUUCCCACACGGAAUAGUUGACGACAUCGAAGGCUUGGGCAAGCUGGCUCAGAAAUAUAAGAUUCCACUGCAUGUUGAUUGCUGCCUGGGCUCAUUUAUCAUUGCGUUCAUGGAGAAAGCCGGGUUCAACGACAUUGGGUCUUUCGAUUUCAGGGUUCCCGGUGUGACUUCCAUCUCGUGUGACACACAUAAGUACGGUUUCGCCCCUAAGGGUUCCUCCGUGAUUAUGUACAGAAACAGCGAGCUCAGGAAGCACCAGUACUACGUGGACUCCAAGUGGACCGGUGGUCUGUAUGGUUCACCCACGCUAGCGGGCUCGAGACCCGGCGCACUAGUCGUGGGCUGCUGGUCUACCAUGAUACACAUGGGUGAGUCGGGCUACAAGGACUCCUGCACGCGCAUAGUGUCCACAGCGCGCAAGUUGAAGGACCACAUCCGCAACAAGCUCCCACAACUGGAAGUGCUUGGCGACCCCAAGCUGUCAGUAGUGUCGUUCUCCUCCAACAAGCUGAACAUCUACGAGCUGGCAGACCGCCUCGCCAAGAGCGGCUGGCACCUGAACGCGCUGCAGAAACCCGCCGCGCUGCACCUGGCCAUCACCACACUGAGCGUUCCUACGAUCGACACCUUCAUCGAAACACUCACGGAGGCCGUCGAGCAGAUGAGCGCAGACCCCACGAGCACACCAAGCACCGAGGGCACCAGCGCCCUCUACGGUGUCGCAGGCUCAGUGAAAACAACAGGCGUAGCAGACAAACUGAUCACAGCCUUCCUCGACACCUUGUACAAGGUCAAGUCCGACUAG